GAGCUCAGAGUGUCACUUCAAAACUUUCUUUUUUUUAAAACACUGCAUCGUUGACAGUGACUGAUCUGUAUCUGUGUGUGCACAGUCUCUCCACGAGUCCAGCUCAAGACGCAGCACCAUGCCGGACACAAUUAUGUCCAAGGAGCCCACCUCCGACCUGGAGAAUGCCAUGCAGAUGCUCAUAAAGACCUUCCACAAAUACUCGGGGAAGGAAGGCGACAAGUACACGCUGAGCCGCUGUGAGCUGAGGGAGCUGUUGGUGGAGGAGCUCGGGAGUUACUUAGGGAACUCCAAAGAUAAUGAAGGAGUAGAGAAGGUGAUGAACGACUUGGACUCCAACAACGACGGGGAGGUGGACUUCACCGAGUUCAUCAUCCUGAUGGGCGCCCUCACGGUCGCCUGCAACGACUUCUUCCUGGAUAAAACGGAUGACAAGCCCAAAGACGAGAAAAAGGAAUGAACCGGUGCAAGAGAAAAAGAAGAAAGAGAGGUGGGAGUGGGGGAGGUGGGAGGGAGACAGAGUGGGAGGAGACGGAAGGCAGAGAACUGUAAAUCAGCAGAGAUAGAGGACAGACUUUUUUUUUUUUUUGUCUUGUGCAAUUUGUUAACAGUCACGACAACCCACGAGGGGAGGAUUCCAGCAGAUAGUUUGGUGUAACAGUG